AUGCCUGGCCAGCGUCCAGGGUCGUCCAGAGAUGUGGGUGAUGCCUGGCCAGCGUCCAGGGUCGUCCAGAGGGACAGAAAGCCCACCCUCAGAGCCCACCCUCAGAGUUCACCCCUCAAACCACACCCUCAGAGCCCACCCUCAGAGCCCACCCCUCAGAGCCCACUCUCAGAGCCCACCCUCAGAGCCCACCCCUCAGAGCCCACCCCACAGACCCCACCCUCAGAGCCCACCCUCAGAGCCCACCCCUCAGAGCCCACCCCACAGACCCCACCCUCAGAGCCCACCCUCAGAGCCCACCCUCAGACCACACCCCUCAGAGCCCACCCUCAGAGCCCACCCCUCAGAGCCCACCCUCAGAGCCCACCCUCAGAGCCAACCCCACAGACCCCACCCUCAGAGCCCACCCUCAGAGCCUACCCUCAGACCCCCACCCUCAGAGCCCACCCUCAGAGCCCACCCUCAGACCACACCCUCAGACCACACCCUCAGAGCCCACCCUCAGAGCCCACCCCUCAGAGCCCACCCUCAGAGCCCACCCCACAGACCCCUACCUCAGAGCCCACCCUCAGAGCCCACCCCACAGACCCCUACCUCAGAGCCCACCCUCAGAGCCCACCCCAUCCUCAGAGCCCACCUCACAGAGCCCACCCUCAGAGCCCACCCUCAGACCACACCCUCAGAGCCCACCCUCAGAGCCCCACCCUCAGAGCCCACCCUCAGACCCCACCCUCAGACCCCACCCUCAAAGCCCACCCUCAGAGCCCACCCUCAGCGCCCACCCUCAGAGCCCACCCUCAGAGCCCCACCCCUCAGACCCCACCCUCAGACCCCACCCUCAGACCCCACCCUCAGACCCCACCCUCAAAGCCCACCCUCAGAGCCCACCCUCAGAGCCCACCCUCAGCCCCCACCCUCAGAGCACACCUCAGAGCCCCACCCUCAGAGCCCACCCUCAGAGCCCCACCCUCAGAGCCCCACCCUCAGAGCCCACCCUCAGAGCCCCACCCUCAGAACCCACCCUCAGAGCCCACCCUCAGAGCCCCACCCUCAGAGUCUACCCUCAGAGCACACCCUCAGAGCCCCACCCUCAGAGCCCCACCCUCAGAGCCCCACCCUCAGAGCCCCACCCUCAGAGCCCCACCCUCAGACCCCACCCUCAGAGCCCACCCUCAGAGCCCACCCUUUGAGCCCCACCCUCGGAGCCCCACCCUCAGAGCCCCACCCUCGGAGCCCCACCCUCAGAACCCACCCUCAGAGCCCACCCUCAGACCCCACCCUCAGAGCCCACCCUCAGAGCCCACCCUCAGACCCCACCCUCAGAGCCCACCCUCAGACCCCACCCUCAGAGCCCACCCUCAGAGCCCACCCUCAGAGCCCACCCUCAGAGCCUACCCUCAGAGCCCACCCUCUGACCCCACCCUCAGAGCCCACCCUCAGAGCCCAGCCUCAGAGCCCACCCUCAGAGCCCACCCUCAGAGCCCACCCUCAGAGCCCACCCUCUGA